AUGUGCUGCGGCGGCCGUAUGCAUAUGUGCAUGCGGCCUACAGCAUGGAUGGGCAAGCAGAUGGGAGCAGAGGGAGCAGCGGCAGCAGCAGCAGCAGCAGCGGUGGCACCUGGAGCAAGGGCAGUGGGGGUGGAGGAGCGGGCGUGCGUGUGCAGGAGGACGGGGAGGCAGUACUGGUGCCGCACGCUGUGCAAGGCGGCUCUCAGAAGCGCAGCAGCGGUGGAGGCGGUGGGGCGCAAGGUGGCCAUGCUGGAGAUGGUGCGGGGGGCGCCGCAUGUGGUCACCAUGCUGCGAGCAUUUGAGGACACGCAGGCCAUCCACAUGGUAUUGGAGCACUGUCCCGGAGGCAACCUUGCCGAUCGCCUCGCUUCCUGCCGGGCCUUCUCCGAGCCUGACGCCGCAGCUGUGGUUCGGCAGGUGGCGGCAGGUCUGGCGGCGUGCCAUGAGAUGGGGGUGGUGCACCGGGGAGUGAGUGCGGAGGCUGUGCUGCUGAUGGGGCAGGAGGGAUCCCCUGUGGAUGUGCGGUUAUCUGGCUUUCAACAUGCCACCUUCUUUGAACCUGGUAAGUUGA